CUGACCCGGAAGUGGCGCGCGGGGGACGCUGACGCUGGAACAAAGAUGGCGGCCCGCGGCGCUGRGGCCGUGCUGGGGCUGCUGCUGCUGUUGCUGCUCCGCGCGGGCCCGGCCCGCGCCCGCGUCCAUCACCUCACCCUCAAAGAUGAUGUGAGGCAGAAAGUGCACCUGAAUACCUUUGGCUUCUUYAAGGAUGGUUUCAUGAGAGUCAAUGUCAGCAACCUUUCCCUGAAGCCAACAGUGGACCCUGAUGUCAUGGACAGUUUAUCAGUGGGAUUCAGCUUGGAUCGAACAAGGAACGAUGGUUUCUCCACCUACCUGGAUGAAGAAGUGGAUUACUGUAUCUUGAGAAAGACACCAGAGCCAGAUGUYUCUGUUGUAAUCUUACUUCUGGACAUCCGAGCUGAAGUUGUGAAAGUACGGUUCUCUUCAGAAGCUGCUUCGUUGUUACCUAAAAUUUUAUUUGUAUCUGAGGAAAAUGGUACUGCCUUAAAUACCAAGCUGCUMAAACCUGAACAGAGCAAUGAGUCUGGUACAAAUCCUGAAAAAGRUGGCAAAGAUAAGAAGUCCAAACGAAGUACAACRUCCUCCCAGAGCAUGAUAGAGCAAGAACAUCCUGUUCGCAAUGACAGAGGAACCUUUUCAUUUCAGUUCUAUUUUAACAUCAGCUCAGAUAAACAAGAAGGUCUCUACAGCCUGUAUUUCCAUAAGUGUGUUGGCAAGAAAGGGCCGGCCAACGAUCAGCUGCUGUUUAGCCUUGAUAUAGAUAUUACGGAAAAGAAUCCUGAAAGCUACCUCUCAGCAGGUGAGAUCCCACUGCCAAAACUUUACAUUUCCAUGGCUCUCUUCUUUUUCCUGUCUGGGACUGUAUGGAUCCACAUACUUCGUAAACGCAGAAAUGAYGUCUUUAAGAUCCACUGGCUCAUGGCAGCCCUUCCUUUCACCAAAUCAUUGUCUUUGGUCUUCCAUGCGAUCGACUAUCACUACAUCUCUUCUCAGGGAUUCCCCAUUGAGGGCUGGGCUGUUGUUUAUUACAUCACUCACCUACUGAAGGGUGCACUUCUGUUCAUCACUAUCGCCCUCAUUGGCACAGGCUGGGCUUUCAUUAAACACAUCCUGUCAGAUAAAGACAAAAAAAUUUUCAUGAUUGUCAUCCCACUUCAGGUACUGGCAAACGUGGCCUACAUUAUCAUAGAGUCAACAGAGGAGGGGACAACUGAGUAUGGACUGUGGAAAGAAAUCCUUUUCCUGGUGGAUUUGCUGUGUUGUGGAGCCAUCCUGUUCCCAGUGGUAUGGUCAAUAAGACAUUUGCAGGAGGCUUCAGCAACAGAUGGGAAAGCUGCCAUUAACCUAGCAAAGCUGAAGCUCUUCAGACAUUACUAUGUCAUGAUUGUGUGUUACAUUUACUUCACACGGAUCAUUGCAAUUCUCAUAAAGAUUGCUGUUCCAUUCCAGUGGAAAUGGCUGUACCAGCUGCUGGAUGAAAUGGCCACUCUUGUGUUCUUUGUCCUUACUGGGUACAAGUUCCGUCCAGCAUCAGACAACCCCUACYUACAGCUCUCUCAAGAUGAUGAGGAUGACUUGGAGAUGGAAGCUGUGGUGACGACUUCUGGAGUAAUGGAGGGCAUGAAGAAGGUCAAGAAAGUGGUGAAUGGUUCAGCAGAGCCUCAGGGCGAAUGGGAAAGCACAGCAUGAUGGACUGGAUUAAGGCAGCACUUUCAGAGAAACUUUUUUAAUUUAUUAAUAUUACUCUCAGUGGAAAGGAGGGAGCAACUUGCACUCUCCACCACUGAAACUGCAGAGUGGGGUGUGUCUAGGGGGAGCAAAGCAGUGCAGAAAUAUAACUACUCCUUUGAUCAUAAGAAAAUGGGAUCUCCUGGUACCUGCAAGGAGUGUGAAGCUUUCCUAGGGAUUUUGGGUAGCUUAUUUUUUUUUYCCCCCUUUCUGGAUCGGUUCUUUAUUCUGAAUUGUUGCGUUCUUCAGAAUGUGUAAUACUGAUGUGAAGAGGGAUCUUCAGUGUGUAUGUAAAGAAUAUAUUUUAUAUAAUGCUCAUACAUAUAUACACACACACUUGCUAUGUAACAUGUAUGCUGGGACUUGCAAAGCCUGUCAGAAGGUGGGAAAAGAAGAUAAAGACAUGUAAGUAUUUUCUUUCUUUUUAUAAACACUCCUUUUGGCUUGGACAAAACAUUGUGAAACAAAUGGAUAGGAAUAACUGCAAUUAUUUGAGAGACUGAACGGGUAUUGGAUCAGAUGACUUCUGCCACUGCUGAUAGCAGUGGGAAWGGUGAUAAGUAUCUUCUUGUCUUAUCCCUGCAGGUGUCCACCUGAAUGUGUCAGGUUUUCAGGUGUGUUGCUAUACAGGAAAYGAGUGACUGUUCUCCAUUAAAGCACUAAGCCCAUGGUGCAAAAAGCAUCUAUGUACCUUCUCUGCUGUUCAUGGAGUUGCUCUUGACUCACCCCCACCUGAAAAGAAGUACAGAAGAUGUGUAAGACUGAUGCUUGCUUUUUAGGGGGCUGCCUAAAUGUUUACUUUCAAGCUGUGACCCAGAGCACUAUAUUUACUUGAUAAAAUAUUUUCAAGGUAUUUCAAAAGCCACUCCUUUCUGGCACAGUAUAAAUAGUACCAGACACUCCAGUGGAAAUCUGUCUMGCCAUUUUACUGCAGCAUAAAUCUCUGGUUCACAGUUACCCUGAGUUACUGGGCCUCUCUGGAUGUCUACUUGUACCUCUCUGACUGUGUAGGAUUAAUGAAACUGCUGUUUGAGAUGAGCUGAACUGGUCAAAGUGCUAUUGCCACCAAGAACAGGCAACUGUAGCUCCUGGUCCUAAAUGAUUUUUUUUUUUUUUCAGGAGACAAGAAGAUUAUGAUGAGAAUCUUGAUGCAGGGGAAUAUGGAAUCCUUGACUGUUAGCUGCAGACUCGCAGACACAUUCUAAAAUGCCACGUGUGUUUUCUCUGUAGUUCCUGGGAUUGUCAGUAGGGCAGUUGGUGUUCAGAGCUGUAGCAGUGAGAACGGAUGUUAAUUUGGGGGAGGAUGGAAGUGGCUCACUGGUGAAAUGAGGAUUAGCUUUAACAAAAGUAAAUCAAGUGUAAGUCACUGACCCACUGAAGCCUUAAUAUUCAUGCAGAGACAUUGGCAUGUGGUGCUGUUGAGCCAAGUGCUUCUGCYAGGGUGUCAGGGAAGGGCAUCAUCAAAGCUCUGGAUGUGCCAGCAUCGCUUACAGACUCAUUCAGGAGCUGGUUUUUUUGGAGAGACUACAUCUCUGGGGCACAGCUGAUGGGAGGACUAUUAGCCACCAGGUUAUUUCGUUCUUCAAGCUGAGAAGGAGGAUUUCCUCUMGAAUAUUGGACCACUUCCUCACUCCUGAGCAGGGACUGUGGAGUUCUUGGUGAGCUGUCUGUACCAAGACUCACUGUUUGAGGAGCAGCAUCACUUUCCCCUUUCCYCCAGUGCCACUUCUUUUCCCAGGUGUUGCUUCCAUGCACCAUGGGAAUGGUAGRAACAAAUCUACCUGCUUUGAUACCUGGAACUGCUUUCUCAUCAGAUAAAGCACAGGAAAAGCAUUUGUCUCUGGCUACAGAGUGCUCUUYUGUUUUCCUCCUCAGCUGUAAUUUCACAGUAAUCACAGCAAUGAUAGUUUGACUUUGCUGCAGCUGCCUUGCAGUGAGACAGUUUUAGUGGGAAGRGAUCCUGUACCACAGGAAAGGCUGCUUGGUGACCUGUGGACCUUUUCUGAGAAGAAAUCUUCCACUUAUUUAUCUGAGGUAUCAGAAAUUGGACCAUGAGCAAACGCAGGCAGUCCCAGCUCAUCAUACACUUAAAUGCAAUACCUGAGAAACUCAUCCUCUUYCUCUGCAGUCCCUUUGGAAGUGUCACUGCAUCCGAAGGGCUGCUCAAACAGGCUGUAAAGCUUGUGCAGAGAAGCCCACUGAAGACUUGAAGUGUGUUGGCACUAAGGUAUGUAAGGGAUGAGGAUGUGCCGUCAGGAACAAAGUGCAUCUGGGCUAUUCUAGAACCCAUUAAUUCCUUUUGUGAAUGAGAUGUGAAAUUGUCAUGGGUGUGGCAUUUCACCCAAAACCGUGAGUGCUGAGCUGGUUCCAARCAGCUGCCUGUUCCAUACCUCAGCGUCAGUGGAGCUGACAAUUUGGCAACUGCUGUUACCUUAGCCUCAGGUUUCUCUCUUUUUUUUUAAUACACACUUUUUUUUUGUUAAACUUGCAUAUGGUGUGGGUUUAUCUGCCAAGUCCCUGGCUCACCAGUCAAAGGCCAAAAAAUGGGUCAUUUCUUUUUGUCCUGGCACAAAAAGCCACAGCAGUGUUCUGGAAGUAUUUUUUUACAAGACAUUUUUCCAAGUUCAGCCCUGAGCCUCAGCAGUUAGCUCUACAAACAGCUUCAGCUGGUGCUUUACACAGGAUGCCAAGCAGCAGGAGAUGGUCAGGCCUGAACAUUAGGAAGGAAAAUUAAGUCAUGUACAAGUCAAAACCCAAAAGAUCUUAGUGCAUUCAUUUCCAAAGUGAAUUUUCUCUGGUGCAAUUUUUUGGAGCAGGACAAAAAGUGUCUAUGAUGGACAUGAUGGAUGGGACAGCAGCUGGGAUGCUGGAGGGUGGAGAGGAUGGCUGCAGUGGUGCUUCUGUCCAUCACAGUGAGUGCUGCACUGCARGGCAUCAGAGACAGGGCUGCUCCCUAACCCACAGCUGCAUGACUGGCAUUGCACAGCUCCAGGGCUGGUGGAGUGCAGCAGCUUGGAGCUUCCCAGGCAGGAUAAUCAGUGCUUGCCUUUCACGUGCUGACAGCUCCUUAUCUGGUAGGAAGCUCUGCCUGUCACAGGGAGGGAGGGGAGAGGAGCUGAUGGGGAUUACAGAUCAUUUAGGAUCUGCAGCCUUGCUUUCCUGUUUCUGCCUGAGCUGAAGCAAUCCCGACAGUCCCCAGCAGCAGAGUGACAGGAGUCCUGGAACAGCAGGUCUGGUGCAAUGGGAAUAAAGGCUUUGAAUGCUUUCCCAUAUGUUACUGCAGUGGAGCAGUCAGUCCCCUCUGCAGACAAAAAUUAGAUUGGUUCAGUCUUCGCUUGCAAUGCAGGUUAUGCCCCAAUAAAUCCCUGUGAUGCUGACAUGCACAUGCCCCUGCUGCACUCCUCCUUCCUGCUGUAGCUCUCAGCAGGCUCUUUUCCAUAGGAAGCCUCCUUGCAGUGCAACUGCCAGACUCUUGCAUUCUUCAGGCUGGAAAAUGUUUUCCUUGAUGGUUCAUCAAGAGACAUACUAARAGAAAGCAAGACAUAAUGGGGUCAUCUGGAACAGUGCUGCUGCCUGCUCGGAGUKGAGCAGCUUGAGUUGAAGAAUCCACAUGCUGUCCUGUUAAGAUGCUCUUUCAUGUUGUCGUCUAACUCGGUGUGUCGUGAUCUGUGCAGUGCAUUGUUGGUGUUUCCCUCCAGCUGAGUGCCCCRUUCCUGGAUUUCCAUGCUGGCAUAGCAUACCCUGGGAGAGCAUGUUGUAAAAAUUUGCUGCAUUGCAGCAUUUUGUCUUGGAGCUUGUAGUGUGGAAGAUGUGUUUUUUUUCUAAGCUAAGUGGACUCUCUCUAGCAUGAGUGUGCAUCCACCAUCUAUCCUUGAGCAGUGUAACAUUCCUUCUGGCCAUGRAAGGGCAUGUCCUGAUCACUCCAGUGUGCACAUCUGGUGAAGUCCCRUGGAAGAUUUUUAGUGUUAAGUCUUUUUUUUUCCUUACUGUGUGUUCCUCUUAGGGAAAAGCAGUCGAGCCACUGACAAUCAAAAUKAUGAGAAGGGAGGGGAUUUUGCUGUUUAUUUGAACACUGCCCAGUUUCAAGCAGAUAUUGGGUAUUGUAGGCUCUGUUGAGCUCUGAGAACUGGAGUUCCUUAUCUGUUAAGGAGAGGGAAGGAAAUCCUUCUUCCUUCAGCCUGCCUGGUUUGUCUCCUUCAAUUUGACCUGUCAUGCAGRCUGCUGUCACUUUAAAGCAGAUUUUUUAUAGAUCUGUGUUAUGAUCUCUGCUUCACUCAUAGAGCAUGUCCCCRUUUUUCACCUGUGUACAAAGAGUGAGGAGCUGUGGUCUGCAGGAGUGGGAGGUACAGUGAGGUUUGAACAUAGUGGGACUCACUCUGAAAUUGUGACCUUGUUUGUAGCAUCAGUAGCCUCAAUGUUUCAUGAAAGCUGRAGUGGUGCUGCCCAGAGGCACUUGACCAAUGUUUCUGUGUGUUCUGUGGCGUUAAUUUGCUGUAAGAUAUUGUUCUAAAUUGAAUU